AUGCUAUACAUUUCAUUUGUUUUUCUAGCUACUCCGAUCUUACAUGGUUGGAAUACAACGGGUAUCACUGCAGCUGGUGCGAGUGAUGGUUCUGGAGGCACAGCCCCUAAUUUGUUCUCUCAACCAUAUGGGAUCGCAUUGGGUUCAUUCGACUCACUUUAUAUUGCCGAUUUUAGCAACAAUCGCAUACAAAAAUGGUUAAUCAAUGCAUCAAAUGGUACAACGGUGGCUGGUCUAUCAAAUGGAACUGCUGGUGCAAGCUCAAUUGCUUUGAACUUGCCUGCCAGUGUUGUGCUUGAUUCUAAUGAUAAUAUGUAUUUUACAGAUAGAGAUAACCAUCGAGUUGUAUAUUGGGCAAAUGGCGCAUCAUCUGGCACUACGAUUGCCGGUAUUACAGGCACUUCGGGAUCUACAAACAAUACCUUCUUUGGACCGUGUGGUAUAGCCCGUGACUCAAGCACAGGUACAAUUUACAUAGCCGAUACAUUCAAUCAUCGAAUAAUGCAAUAUCUUGUGAAUGCUUCUUCGGGUACAGUAGUUGCUGGUGGAAAUGGUGCAGGACCUGGUACUACACAAUUGGCGUAUCCAUAUGGUCUUACUUUUGAUUCCUCCUCAAAUAGUCUUUUAAUUGCUAAUGCUCAAACCAACAAUAUUGUUCGUUGGGUGUUAGGUGCAAGUAGCUGGACACUCGUCAUUGGCAGUCCUACUGGAUUAAGUGGUAACACAUCGACACUUCUCAAUCAACCGAUCGGCAUUACAUUAGAUCCAAUGGGCAAUAUCUAUGUAGCUGAUUCGGGAAACCAUCGCAUUCAAUUCUUUUUUGCAGGCCAGUUCAACGGCAUAACCAUUGCUGGCGUCACAGGUUCACCUGGCAUUAGUCAGAGUCAAUUGUUUUCUCCCUAUUGGGUAAUAGUUGAUAAUCAACUGAAUUUAUAUGUAUCCGAUACUUUUAACAACCGAGUUCAGUUUUUUUCACAUUAUUUAACAUGA